GAGAGAGAGAGAGAGAGGGAGAGAUAUGGAGAGAGAGAAAGAGAGAGAGAUACAGAUGUAAAUGCCAGCUAUCUGCGGGCAGCGAGAGCAGGAAACCUGGAAAAAGCUCUGGACUACCUGAAAAAUGGAGUCGACAUCAACAUCUGCAACCAGAAUGGUCUGAAUGCUCUCCAUCUGGCCUCCAAGGAGGGCCAUGUGGAGGUGGUGGCUGAGCUCAUCAAGCAGGGUGCCAAUGUGGAUGCAGCUACUAAGAAAGGGAACACGGCCCUCCACAUAGCUUCCCUUGCCGGACAGACGGAGGUGGUGAAGGAACUGGUCACCAACGGAGCCAAUGUCAACGCACAAUCUCAGAAUGGCUUCACUCCACUCUACAUGGCAGCACAGGAGAACCACAUGGACGUGGUUCAGUUUCUACUGGACAACGGCUCAAGUCAGAGCAUUGCCACUGAGGAUGGCUUCACUCCGCUGGCGGUGGCGUUGCAGCAGGGUCAUGACCAGGUGGUGUCCUUGCUGUUGGAGAACGAUACCAAGGGGAAGGUGCGCCUCCCCGCACUCCACAUCGCUGCUCGGAAAGACGACACCAAGGCCGCCGCCCUCCUCCUCCAGAAUGACCACAAUGCUGAUGUGGAGUCCAAGAUGAUGGUGAAUAGAACAACAGAGAGUGGCUUUACUCCCCUCCACAUUGCGGCCCACUAUGGUAAUAUCAACGUAGCAACACUCCUGCUUAACAGAGGGGCGGCUGUGGAUUUUAAGGCAAGGAAUGACAUCACUCCAUUACACGUAGCAUCCAAACGAGGGAACAGCAACAUGGUGCGGCUGCUGCUGGAGAGAGGGGCCAAGAUUGAUGCAAGGACGAAGGAUGGUCUGACACCCCUCCACUGUGGAGCCAGGAGUGGCCAUGAGCAAGUAGUGGAGAUGCUGCUGGACCGAGGAGCUCCCAUACUGUCAAAGACAAAGAACGGCCUGUCCCCCCUCCACAUGGCAACGCAGGGUGACCACCUGAACUGUGUCCAGCUUCUGCUGCACCAUGAGGUGCCAGUGGAUGACGUGACCAACGACUACCUGACAGCGCUGCAUGUGGCCGCCCACUGUGGACACUACAAGGUGGCCAAGGUCAUCGUAGACAAGAAAGCCAACCCCAAUGCCAAGGCACUGAAUGGUUUCACUCCCCUGCACAUUGCCUGUAAGAAAAACAGAGUCAAAGUGAUGGAGCUUCUUCUAAAGCACGGAGCAUCCAUACAGGCUGUCACUGAGUCUGGUCUGACGCCCAUCCAUGUUGCAGCAUUCAUGGGACAUGAGAACAUUGUUAGCCAACUGACAAACCACGGGGCUUCAGCUAACACAACCAACGUGCGGGGGGAGACAGCACUUCAUAUGGCAGCCAGGGCAGGACAGUCAAACGUGGUCCAAUAUUUGGUCCAGAAUGGAGCCCGAGUGGAGGCCAAGGCCAAGGAUGACCAGACCCCGCUGCACAUCUCUAGUCGCCUUGGGAAGCCAGACAUUGUCCACCAGUUGCUGGCCAAUGGAGCAUGCCCAGAUGCCACCACUAGCUCUGGAUACACGCCAUUACACCUGGCUGCCAGAGAGGGCCACAAAGAUGUGGCUGCAGCACUACUGGACCAAGGAGCUAGCCUGGGCAUUACUACUAAGAAAGGCUUCACUCCCCUCCAUGUGGCUGCUAAGUAUGGAAAGAUAGAAGUAGCCAACCUGCUACUGCAGAAGAACGCCCCAUCAGACGCAGCAGGCAAGAUGGGUUACACUCCUCUCCAUGUGGCUUGUCACUAUGGCAACAUUAAGAUGGUCAACUUCCUGUUGAAGAACCAGGCUAAGGUCAAGACCAAGAAUGGUUACACUCCUCUUCACCAGGCUGCCCAGCAGGGACACACGCACAUCAUCAACCUGCUGCUGCAAUAUGGAGCAUCACCCAAUGAACUCACCGCCAAUGGUAACAGUGCCCUGUCCAUUGCCAGAAGGCUGGGCUAUAUCUCUGUGGUGGACACACUCAAGGUGGUCACUGAGGAGACUCUUACCACUAUGACUGUGACAGAAAAGCACAAGAUGAAUGUUCCAGAGACCAUGAACGAAGUCUUGGACAUGUCUGAUGACGAUGUCUGUAAAGCCAAUGUCCCCGAAAUGCUCACUGAAGACUAUGUAUCUGAUGGGGAAGAAGGUGAUGAUGCCAUGACAGGGGAGACUGACAAAUAUCUGGCCCCCCAGGACCUGCGGGAGCUCGGGGAUGACUCUCUCCCUCAGGAGGGCUACAUGGGCUUCAGCAUCGGCGCGCGCUCACAGAGCCUGCGUUCCUUCAGUUCUGAUAGGUCCAACACGCUGAACCGGAGCUCGUUCACACGGGACAGCAUGAUGAUAGAGGAGAUGCUGGCGCCCACAAAGGAACUGGGGCUCUGCAAGGAGAAGUCCUUCACUGUAGAGCCCCAUAAUAAGCAUCUGGCGGUGGCAAAGGAUGUUGACAGUGACUCUCUGAGGCGGUACAGCUGGGCAGCAGACACACUGGAUAAUGUCAACUUAGUCUCCUCACCCGUACACUCUGGUUUUUCCUCUCCACUCCCGCAGUACGACAGCAGGUUCUUGGUCAGCUUCAUGGUGGAUGCCAGGGGUGGCUCCAUGAGAGGGAGUCGACAUAAUGGCAUGCGCAUCAUCAUCCCACCCAGGAAAUGCACAGCGCCCACUAGAAUCACAUGCCGAUUGGUCAAGCGGCACAAACUGGCAUCCCCUCCUCCCAUGGUGGAAGGGGAGGGCCUGGCCAGCCGGCUGGUGGAGGUUGGCCCAGCUGGAGCUCAGUUUUUGGGUAAACUACACCUCCCCAGAAAGCUGCCAGUCCUUAGCGAUGGCCAGAGCCUGGUUAGUCCAAUGCUACAGCUUGGACCCAGAGGAACUAGAUUCGUUGGACCUGUGAUAGUGGAGAUCCCCCACUUUGGCUCCAUGCGGGGUCAGGAGAGAGAGUUGAUCUUGCUGCGCAGCGAGAAUGGAGAAACCUGGAAGGAGCACCAGCACGACUGUAAGACUGAGGACCUCAAUCACCUCCUCAAUGGCAUGGAUGAAGAGCUAGAAAGUACAGAGGAGCUGGAGAGGAAGAGGAUUUGCCGUAUCGUCACUAAGGACUUCCCACAGUACUUUGCUGUUGUGUCACGGAUCAGGCAAGAGUCCAACCAUAUGGGGCCAGAGGGUGGGACUCUGUACAGCCGCAGCGUCCCAUUGGUCCAAGCAUCCUUCCCUGAAGGAGCACUUACCAAGAAGAUCAGAGUUGGACUACAGGCUCAGCCGGUGCCAGACGAAACAGUGAAGAAAAUCAUUGGUAACCGGGCAACCUUCAGCCCAAUUGUCACCGUGGAGCCAAGAAGAAGAAAGUUCCAUAAGCCCAUCACUAUGACAAUCCCAGUGCCGCCGCUUUCGGGGGAAGGACUUACAAAUGGCUACAAGGGAGACUCAACCCCUUGCCUCCGCCUUCUCUGCAGCAUUACAGGUGGCACAUCCCCAGCUCAGUGGGAGGACAUCACAGGCACAACUCCUCUCACCUUCGUCAGUGACUGUGUCUCCUUCACUACCAACGUCUCUGCCAGGUUCUGGUUGGCAGACUGUCACCAAAUCCCAGAGACAGUGGGCUUAGCCACACAGCUUUAUAGAGAGCUGAUAUGUGUGCCCUACAUGGCCAAGUUUGUGGUGUUUGCUAAAAUGAAUGACCCGGUAGAGUCCAGCCUGAGGUGUUUCUGUAUGACAGACGACAAGGUGGACAAGACCUUGGAGCAGCAGGAGAACUUUGAGGAAGUUGCCAGAAGCAAAGAUAUAGAGGUUCUGGAGGGUCGGCCCGUCUUUGUGGACUGCUAUGGCAACUUAACACCUCUGACUAAAGCAGGCCAGCAGCUUAUUCUCAACUUCUUUGCCUUCAAAGAGAACCGCUUACCCUUCUGUGUCAAGGUUAGAGACAACAGCCAGGAGCCUUGCGGUCGUCUUACUUUCUUCAGAGAGUGUAAGACAACCAAAGGCUUUCCACAAACCGCCGUGUGCAACCUGAACAUCACUCUUCCUGCCCUGAAGAAGGAAAUGGAAUCAGAUCCUGAGGAUGAGACUGAAAAGCCAGAGCGACGGCAUACCUUUGCAUCCCUAGCCUUACGUAAGCGCUACAGCUAUCUGGCCGAGCCUGCACUGAAAACAACAGUUGAGCGAAGCACAGCAGCAAGAACACUGCCUGCUGGUUACCCUCACAAACCUGUCUUUCCAACCAGACCUUACCAACCAUGGUCGACUGCUCCUAUUACCAUCCUCGGCCAAACAAGGCCUGUCGAACUGGGGGGUUCCAUCGCCUCUACCGGUUCACCAGCAGGCUCGCCAGCUGCUUCUCCACUAAAGUCCUCCUGGCCCCACUCUUCCCCUUCCCCUGCCUCUCCCUCAACCAUCAAAUCCAGCCGGGGAGCCCCACCAUCAAUAUCCACCCUGUCUUCCCCAGUUAAAUCAGCUAGUGAGGUACCAUCUCCAUCCCCCAUUCGGUCUUUUAGGACUAUGGCUUCACCCAUUAAGACUGUUGUUCAACAAGGCCAGUACCCUGUCCAAGGGUCAGCCAGCCUUGUGUCCUCUGGCACAGACCCAGCAUCUAUCAAAAGUCUUGCUUCAGCAUACACUUCAAGGACUUCCCCAAUCCACUCACUCUCCAGUGUGUCAGUGCCAGAUAGGUCAUCAGCUACUAUUUCUACUCCAACAUCACCAAAGACAACUGUCAACAUGUAUAAUUCGAGUUUGCCUUUUAAAACUGUACUGGGGUCCACAGCAACUACUGAGGCAGGGGCUCCUUCCCUCUCACCUGUUAAAACUAUCUCGAGCCUGUCCUCAAUGAAGACAGCUGUAGAUUCAACACUGGCAUCACAAGGUGCUAAGUCAUCCCUCUCGUCUCUCUCCUCAACUGGACAGACCACCAUCGCUUCCUCGGAAUUUUCCAUGAUGAAUGGAUCAGUAUCACCUGUUAAAUACCCAUCCUCUUCCUCCACCUCCUCGUCCCCCUCUUCCCGUCUUUAUUCAGAGAGGAGUAGCAGCCUUCAGGAGAGGAUUCAGGCGACCACCCAGGCAGCAACCUCCAGUGUCAGUGCAGCAAUAAAUGAAGUCAUAAACUCAUGCUCUGUGUCCAGUUACGGCACACUUAAAUCAUUGUCCUCCUCACGUAGAUCUGCAACAGGUAGCUCUGCUUAUGGAUCUCUCAGACCUGCUGCCACCACCUCCUCUACGUCCACAGUCUCAAAUACAUUAAGUGUACCUGUAUACUCCCUAGUCAAUGUCUUACCUGAGGCUCCUGUCAAACCAGGACCAGGAUCUCUCAAAAUGGCACUGCCUGACCCUUCCCGCACCUCCACUUCCUCCUCAUCUUCUUUGUCUUCCUGUGUAACCUCGUCUAAAAUCAAAUCUCAGUUGAAAUCCCCUCCAUUUAUCACACCACCCAUCAUCCAUCCAACUGCAGCUUCCAACCAGGAAAUACUGAGAGACGUAGCAGACAUGAAAGAGGAUCUAAUUAGAAUGACAGCUAUCCUCCAGACAGACACACGAACAGCAGCCAAAACUGUCCAAACAUCUCUCUCUGGAACUCCUAAAGAAGCCAAACUAGAGGACGUGGAACCAUUUAGUUUAGUGGAGAAAGUGAAAGAGGAUUUAGCGAAAGUUAGUCAGAUUUUACAGAAGGAUGUCUUGAGUGAUGGUAAAACCAUGGCAGUGAAAGAGAUAACCUCUGAGGAUGAAUGGGAGGAGUUUUCCAAAGAUGAGAUUGAAGAAGCACAGAGAAAUGUGCUACCUGAGUAUCAAGCUCCUUUUGAUGAAAGUGCUCUCCCGUUCAAGCCCCAGUCCAUACCAAGCAAAGACCUCGACUUGGCUAAAGUUGUUGAUUAUUUAGCAAAUGACAUUGCUGCUAGCUCUUUAUCCAAAAUGGCAGAGGUAAAAUGUAGGGUUGAGGAGGAGGCAAAGAGGGAAGGGGAAGAGAAACAAAAACAGCAUAAACUAAAAAUGCCUCCGCCAGGCUCAGGUAUGCGUACCUCUCCCUCAGAGAAAGAUCUGAGUAAACUUGCUGAGUCAUUUCAGGGGACGGAUACUAUUUUGGAAUCACCUGAAGACUUGUCUCAUGAGCAGGAUAAGAGCCCUCUGUCAGACAGUGGGUUUGAGACAAGGAGUGAAAAAACUCCCUCUGCUCCUCAAAGUGCAGAAAGUACAGAACCCAAACCUUUAUUUGCAGACUCUCCCAUCCCUCCCUGUGUCACUGAGACCAGGACUGAGGUAGUCCACAUAAGGAGCUAUGAGCAACCUGACGAACCUUGUGAGCCUGCAGCAAUGGAAGAAGCUGCAUCUACUAUUUCUUGUACUGAACCGGAUGUAUCAUCACCUUGCUCCAUCAAAGACAAAGUCAAAGCCAUGCAGCUGAAAAUGUCAGAGGAUGACUCCGUGGUGAGUAAAAGUAUGUGUCUCAAAGAAGAGACUCAUAUUACCACCACUACUACUACUAGAAUGGUCUACCACAAGCCUCAGCUAACUGAUGGAGCAGAGGUGAUAGAGGAAACUAUGUCAGUUAGAGACAUUAUGAAAGCUUUUCAGUCAGGAAGAGACCCAUCUAAAGAACUUGCAGGCCUUUUUGAACACAAAGCAGGACAGGACUCGGUCAAAGGUGAUGAGCUGAUGCCUAGAUUCCUUGACAAAGACGGUAAAUCUAAACCCAAAGUGGAGAGGAUAAUUGAGGUUCAUAUUGAAAAGGGGCACAGCACAGCAGAGCCAACAGAGGUCAUUAUCAGAGAGACCAAGAAGCACCCUGAGCUCUAUGUCUAUAAAGGAGACCGUGCAAUGAAAGAGCUUCCUGAAUAUGAUGAGACCCAACAGGAAGAAGAGGAACUUACUGUCGAAGAAUCCCUACCCUCUUUCCUGGAAACAUCUCGUGUUAACACUCCGGUGUCACAAGAGGAGGAUAGCCGCCCAAGCUCUGCCCAACUUAUUGCUGAUGACUCAUAUAAAGCCCUGAAACUUUUGAGCCAGCAUUCUGUUGAAUACUGUGAUGACGAGCUAUCAGAGAUCCGAGGGGAGUCAUACAGGUUUGCCGAAAAAAUGCUCCUUUCUGAGAAACUAGACACGUCAUCAAUUUCUCACUCUGAUACAGAGGACUCAGCGAUGGUGGCUGACCAAACACACCAUCUCACUUCUGGAGACAGCGGUGGCCAAUACUCAGACAGUGUAAGUCAGCAGCAUGGAAGCCCCAAAAAAGAGUUUGUUUUUAAGUCAUCAAAAGAUGGGUCUCCCAAAUCAGGUAAAUUUUCCUCCCAUAGAGAUGAACAUUCCCAGUUUGAUAAGGUGACGGUGCUGCAUUACUCUACAGAACAAGGUAGCCCUAAACAUGCAGUCUGGAUGCGUUUCACAGAGGAUAAGCAUGACAGAAGCAGGGAUAAGCUCCUUUAUGAGGACAGGGUGGACCAGACAGUGAAGGAAGCUGAAGAAAAACUUAGUGAGGUGUCACAAUUCUUCCGUGACAAAACAGAGAAACUCAACGAUGAGCUGCAAUCCCCUGAGAAAAAGCCUGUGAAGAGAGAACUAAGACAAACCAGGUCCGGACCUAGCUCAGCCUGCAGCAGCCCUGAAAAAACACAGCAGAAACCUAAAACAGGAGGAGAGAUAUGGGGUAAAAGCAAGCUCAGGGAGCCCUCUGUUGGGAAUAUAUUUGGUAGCAGUCCUGAAACUGAAAGGAAAAGCUCUAGUUUGCCAAGCAGUCCUCAGCGAAGUGUCCUUUCUUAUCCCAGUGAGGAUAAAAUUAAACAACAGACUAAAACAAGUGAUUCUGAGCCAUCCUCUCCUGUUCAGGUGAAGUCGACAUCCAAAGUCAGUUCUAUGAGGAUGAAGUUUGAAUCUGAGGGUCAGAUACAAAGUCAGUCUAACCCAACAAGAAUUCCUCCACCUGUACAGCCAAAACCUUCUGUUACAAAAUUACAGGAGAGUAAACUUCCUGUUUAUCAGUUUUAUUCAGGAGGAAAAACAUCAAACAUAUCUGAGGCCUCAGAGGAAGGAAACCCAAAAAAUGGUAUAGAGAAAGAUAAAAGAGCUGCCAAGGAUACCAGCAAGCCUGAUUUGAUAUCAACAUCUCAGGCACCAAAACACACAGGGGACAAGCAUUCAAAUAAAAACAUUCCAGAGGCCUCCCUCAAAAAGCGAUUAGAUGAAACUCAGAAGUACAACUCCAAGAAUAAAGUGGAAGACAGAAAUUCCACUGUUACUCAGGAAAUUGAAUUAAGCAAUAAGAAUAAAAAAGAUAAGAAAUCUCCAACUGCCAUUUAUAAUACUAAAGAGAUAGGUAGUCAUGUAGAAAACUACCAACAAGCUAUAAAAUGUGAGCCUGCUCACAAAGAGGCGACAACUGAAGCACCAAGAAAAGACACAGAGGAACCAAUAAACAAAAACCUUAGAGAAAAGACAGAGUCUCAAAUCCCUGUCAAGACACCAUCUAUUCCCAUUGAUAAUGACUCACCAAAGAAACAGAUAAUAAAUAAACCCUCCCAGAUACCUACAUUAGCCAAGAACAAAAUAUAUACUAGCCCUGAGAAAACCCCAACAAAAACGGAGGAAAAUCUAACUAACAAAUCUUUUGAAAUAUUAGAUAAUGCACCAAAAGAUUCCAACUCCAAUAACCUCCCUAGCCCAAGAGACACAGUAGAGAAAGUCAUAGCCCCUUCAGUUUCUACAGCAACUAAAGAGAACUUCAAGGGUAUCAAAACGCUACCUGUUUAUGUUAGUGUCCAGGUGGGUAGACAGGCAGAGAGAGAAGCCAAGGGGGCACUCUUCUCUGUCAAACAGAAUUCCAGCUCAGCACUCAGCCCCAUAAGCCCAGACGAUGACACACUAGAGCAAGUUUCUUUUAUAGACAGCUCAGGGAAAAGCCCUAUCACACCAGAGACCCCUAGCUCUGAAGAGGUCAGCUAUGACCUCACAGCAAGGACCCCUGAUGGCUUCCUGGAGUUCAUGUCAGGCAACCAUAGCCCCAUAAUGGAGGUCUCAGAUGAGUCAGAAGAGGACGACUUUGGCAAAACAAGUUUCUCUUUCAAAGAAGCUCUGCCACAAAGACCAGGUUCCAAGACUGUGGCUGAUGCCACCCAAGCAGAUGUGAUUAAUGCUAAUAAGCAGGAAACAACAGAACUUCAAGGAACCACUAAAGAUAAAGGUGUUGCAUAUAUUGAGUUCCCUCCUCCUCCUCCUCUGGAUUCCUCCUCUGAACAAUCGGACCCGGAGAGGAAAGAGUCCUGUGCAUCCUCAGAGACUGAGACUGAGAUGAUGGAGGUGAAUUUACAGGAAGAGCAUGAUAAGCACUUCCUCACUGAGCCAAUCAUACGCAUUCAGCCCCCCUCCCCUGUACCACCAGGGGCUGAUGACAGUCAGUCAAAUGCUGAGGAGGAUGAGGAGGAGGAGUCAGUCUUUCAGCCAAUCCCUUGUAAAAAAUUCUCUUUCAAAGUCCCUGAUGAGGAGAUUGAGAAGAAGGAGAAAGGAUCCAAACCCAAAAAACAGGAUAAGAAUGGAAACAACAAAGAACCUUAUGUUGGAACCAAUGGCUCCAAUGGAGGAGAGGAUUAUGAAUAUGAACAGAAUGGAAAUGACCAAUCUAUUACAGACUGUUCAUUAGCCACAACAGCUGAAUUCUCUCAUGACACAGAUGCGACAGAAAUAGACUCCCUAGAUGGGUAUGAGCUUCAGGAUGAGGAUGAUGGCCUGUGUGAGCAAGCAGACUCGAGGCUUUUUGGCCUUCCAGACAGCAGGAGAGAUGUCUGGGCAUCAGAACCAUUCAGGUCCCCUGACCGCACUUUCCCACAGACUAAACUGGAGGUAAUUGAGGAGGAGAAAUCCCCAGAGGAAUGCCAAAAGGCUCCCUCUAAAAACGAUUCCCCCUCAGAAGGGAGGCAAACUGAAGAUCUUACUCAAGAUGAGAUUAAAAAGCAGGAGCAAAAACCUUCGGACAGAGAGGGAUUCUCGGAUACUUAUUUUAGUUAUAAACUAGAAGAAGAAUUUAACUCUCCUUUUAAGACUGUGGCCACUAAAGGCCUGGACUUUGAUCCAUGGCCCAGUAAAGGUGGGGACGAGGAAAUUGUUGACGUAGCGGGGACACGGGACAGCAAUGGUGAGCCAAAGCCAUUUGGACUGGCGGUCGAUGACCAGUCUCAGGCCACAACACCAGACACGACCCCGGCCCGAACGCCAACAGAUGAUAGCACGCCGACAAGCGAGCCAAAUCCAUUCCCCUUCCAUGAAGGGAAGAUGUUUGAGAUGACGCGCAGUGGUGCAAUUGACAUGAGCAAGAGGGACAUGGUGGAGGAGAGGCUCCAGUUUUUUCAGAUUGGCCCUCAGAGUCCCUGUGAGAGAACAGACCUCCGCAUGGCCAUAGUGGCCGACCAUCUUGGACUCAGCUGGACUGAGCUGGCCAGGGAGAUGAAUUUCUCUGUGGAAGAGAUCAAUUUCAUCAGAGUGGAGAACCCCAAUUCCCUGACAGCACAAAGCUUCAUGCUCCUAAAGAAAUGGGUGCACAGGGAUGGUAAAAACGCCACAACGGACGCCUUAACCGCAGUGCUGACUAAGAUCAAUCGGUUGGAUAUUGUGACUUUGCUGGAAGGGCCCAUAUUUGACUAUGGUAACAUUUCAGGCACACGGUGUUUUGCCGAUGAUAACGCAGUAUUCCCGGAACAGUCCGAUGGUUACGGCAACAUAGAUUUGGAGCUGCAGACCCCCACAGAGCUGAACUACGAGCCACCCACACCGCUGCGCUGCGAUGACUUCUUUAGCGAGGCCGAUGCUAGCAUAGACUCCCCUAGCAGGACCACUCCUACUAGACCUAGUGACCUCUCCCUCACCCAGACCACCAGCACAUCCAGCAGCGACCCCACUACAGUUGCCCCAAUGUUCGGCCCCGGGGCCCCAGAGCCCCCCAUUGUAGUGGCUGAGGAUGUGUCCGUGGGCGGUAGAGGGAGCCGGCGUGAGGGCUCCAUGGAAGAAGACACGGAGCUGAGUCGAGAGUCUGUGGCCUCGUACGAGCAGCCGGACAACGACAGAAGAGCCUUAGGAGUAAAAAGGGGGAUAGAGGAGCCGGCUGAGGAGGUAGAGGGAGAGCUGAGGGCAGGGCAAGAAAGUCUGUCGGAGGAACACGAAACGAACCAGGGAAAUUCUGUUGAAGAUGAGCCAGCCCCAGACACUGCCAUCUUUGCCGGAAGGGAAGAGACGGCAAGUGGUGCUGCUGGCGGUGAAGGGGAGGAGGAGGAGGAGAUGACGCAGGAGAGGCUACGGACUCUGCUGGAGGACAUCAGGCUGGAGGAAGGCUCGGAGGAUGAGGAGAUGACAGAGGAGAGGGUGAAUGCCAUCCUCAACCAAGUGCUGCAGGCAGAGAAAGACAUGUGUUCAGUUCCAGGCUGGCGGAGCGAGACGGCCGGUGGCGCAGGGAAAACAGCGACUCCUUGUGUGAAGGGACUGGAACUGCAGGAGGGCAGCCCAGACAGUCCAACUGGCUUUCCGGACAAGGCAAAGGCUGAGACGGCCAGACACUACGGUGGCCACACCAAGGAGAAAGAGGCCAGGAGGCGGACGAGGUCUCACGGGGACAGCAACACAGCGGGACCAAGUGAAGGACAGGAGGCUGAGGGGGAGGAAGACGGUGGCGUCAGGUCCCAACAAAGAGUCCAGGGAGGUGGUAGCACUGACCAGUCGAGCUCUGAUGAGGAGACCACUGUCACCACCAAGGUGUAUCGCAGGCGGGUCAUCCUCAAGGGAGAGCAGGCCAAAAACAUUCCCGGAGAGUCUGUGACAGAGGAGCAGUUUACAGAUGAGGAUGGAAACCUGAUCACCAGAAAAGUGAUCAGGAAGGUUGUACGCCGCGUGGUGACCUCCGAGGGCAGGAGAGAAGAAGGAGGCGAGACAGUUACAGAAGGAGGAGACAUUGGUGGUGGUGCUGGUGCUGGUGCUGGUGUAGCAACAGGUGGAGGAGGAGCAGCAGCAGGAGGAAAGAGCAGAAAGAGGGGGAAGCGCUCCCGGCAGGGCCAGAAGGGCGAGAGGCCCGAGGAGGAGCAGAGAAAGGAGGCACCGGGGCCGAGGGGGAAGACUGAGUCCGGAGAAGGAGCCAAGGGGAAACAGGCGAAGAAGAAGGGUCAGUCAUAACAGUCAAGAACUCAACUUAAGCUGGUCCACAGACGUCUUUUUGUGACAUCAAAAACCCCAGGAAGGGGAGAAGGUGACAGGGAUCCUUGUGACAGGAGAGCCGGGUCAAUCAGCCAAAGUGUGUCUGAUGCUUUUCACUAUAAAACGCAUGGUUUUCAGCAAGACAAACAACAACUUUUAUUUGAUUUCGCAUGAGCAUGUCACCAAACUCACUCGCUGUCAGAAACGGCUAGCGACACCUACGGACACACACACACACACACACAUACACACGGACGUGAGCCAGGACUUUCUCGACGAUGACAAGUGAAAAGGGGGGAUUACAGCAAAAGCCACACACACCCCUGAAUGCAUCUGUGACCAAAGAUGGCCCAAACAGGAAAAAGUUGGUUGAUGACAAAAUAAGGAAGACUUUUGAAUCACUCUUUCAGACACUCGCCUUAUGUAUUUUUCCUCCUGGACCCAUGGUAUUGGGUUGUAUCAUGUGGUUCUUUUUUUUAAAAAAUGAAAAAAAAUUAACAAAUGGGUGAUUUUUGUUGUAUAUAAAUGACACUGUAUAAAAUCUACAAAAAAAAAAACACAAAAAAGAUCAGUAGCUUCACAGAUCGAUUAUGCACUGGUUGAUUUUUGCUUGACGGGAAGUUUUGCAGAGUAAACGCUGCUUCCAGUCUCUCUGGAUCUUUGGGGUGUGUGACCUCAGCUCCUUGUGGGAUAAAUAAGAAGGUAAAAGCUGUGUGUAAGUGAGACACAACAACAACAAAAAAAAGAAAAGAAAAAAAACUGCUUGAUUUCAACAAAGGAUAUUUCUUUAAAAUCAACCGCUUCUCCAAAACCUGCUUUGUCUGUGGAACAUCCUUCGUCUUCAGAGUAAAUAAUAUUUUGUUGCAUGUUACUUCACAUUGUUUUAACAAUUUCCUUUUUCUCCCCCCCCCCCCCCUCUAAUGCAAAACACUGUAUUACGAUUAGAGAGGGGCUUGGUGGUACUGUAUGUGAGCAUAACUCAACCGUAUGUCUCCUAUGACUGUUUUUAUUUGAUUAGAUUUUUUUUUUUUUUUUUUUUACAAAGGUGGAAACACACCCCACACUUAAGUGGCAAGAUAGCAAAGCUUUGUUGUUCCGCUUCAGGAAGGUAUUUUCCUAUGCAGCUCACGCCUCUUCAUCUUAGAUGCUAGCAAGUACACCCAUGACAGCUAAUGUACCCAAAUGUAACUUGUAGACUGGCACAUUGUGUGAGUUUCAAACUACCACCAGGCCCAUGUGUGUAUUGACAAUUAGGAACUAAUUGUCUUAUCCGUCAGCCCAUUGUGUGUACUACAUGUGUAAGUUUAUGCUUAUAGGUCUGCUGUGGUUUAAAACUGGGACUGUUUUUUCAUUUUGGCAUUUUGUUGACUUCUAACUUUAUUUAAUUGGUUGCAUUUACACAAGAACAGAAAAUAUGACUUGCCACCCCUAUGACCUAGUUUGAAUAAUUUUUAUUGACAACCAAAUGGCUGUGCAGACAUAAUUUUGAUCAUCAAGAGUAAAAAAAAGAAGAAGAAAAAAAUAGUUUUUCUGUUCCUGUGUAAAUCCUUGUUGAGUCUUUUUUCCAUAUAAGGCCACCCUACCAAGCAUCCAUUGCCAAUGAUAGAUCUGGUACCAACAUGUAUGAAGAACCAACAUAGCCUACACUGGAUGAUCCAAGUAAUUAUUUAAGCAGAAAAUAAAUUGCAUUUAAACUCAAAA